GUGAUAUGUAUUUAAAUGGAAAUGCAAAGUUUCAUGUUGAACCUGAUCGUGAACUUGCUAUUAGAAAGUUGAAAUUGGCCACUUAUCUUGGAAAUCCCAAUGCAAAAGCAUUGUUAAAAAA